UAAAACAGCUGUUUUCGUUGUUGCUGUUCUAUCCAACCAUUCUCAAAUAAUGAAAUUGUUUUUGGUUCGUAAUAUUAUGCCCCACGAGUCCUAUCCUAUCUUAUCCCUAUCCCUAAUCCUAAUUUGAGCGAGUAGUGAGUAACUUUGUGAGUUCAAUUUAGUCUAUUUGUUCAGUGAUCAGUGAGUUGUGGAUUGUUUCUUGGUUGAAGAGUGUAGGGAUGAUGUGGCGUGGCUAGUCAUUAGUAGCUUAUUUUAUCCAGUCUUUAUUUACAAUGUAAUUUCUACCGCACAGCAUCAAAUCUUGUACGAUAAAUGUCACCAAAUAUUUGACCAAUUUUGGAUUUGUCGUUAAGUUAUACAUGUUGAAUAUAACCUCAAAACUUUCUCUGGGUUAAGUUUUAUGUACCGGUAAAUUAAUUUGGUUUUAGAAUGUGGUCAAUUCGUAAAGAUAAUACAAAUAAAAGAGAGGAAACUGAUGAUGACGAUGAAAUAGUGGACAACAGUAAACCUUUUACUUUACAAGAUGUGUAUAGGAAUUUAAACAAACCUAGGUUGGAGGUCCUUCAAUGGUUUCAAGAGUUAGGGCUUAUUGCUAGAGAAUUUUUUUGUAAUGCUCCCAACUGCAGUUCCUCAAUGACAUUAGCACCGUCAACUUGUAUUGAUGGUUACCAGUGGGUUUGUUCAAAUCGUAGUAAGAAACACUCAUUCAAAAGAUCUGUGCGUAAAGGCACUUGGUUUGAAGGCUCAAGACUUGCUAUGGAAGAAAUCAUAUUGAUGAUAUACUUUUGGGUUCAUGAAUUUAUGCAGUCACAAGUUCGCCAAGAGUUAAAUAUAACAAAUUCAGAAAGUGUUGUUGCAUAUUUCAAUUACUGUCGUGAAGUAGCUGUUGAUGUCAUGGUAAAAUCAUCCCAAAAGGUCGGUGGUUAUGGCUUAGUUGUAGAGGUUAUUGUUAGUAAAUUUAAUAGAAGAAAACCUGUGAAAGGGAAAAAGUCGGAGGAACAAUGGGUUUAUUGUGGAGUCGAACUGGGAAAAAGUACUAGCAAGUGCUUCAUGGAACCUGUAGAUAUUCAUUAUACCACAACCUUUAUUGAAGUUAUAAAGAAGAACGUAAUGCCAGGUACCACCAUUUACUGUGAAUGUUUAAAUGUUUAUCAGGAAUUUGAUUUACAAGGACUUCAAGACUUAUGUUCUGAACAUUCAGUUGCUUUGACUGAUAAUCUGACAAAUAUAAACACCAUAAAUCAGCCAGUAGAAGGUCUAUGGAGUUUGCUGAAGCCAACUUUACCUCCCUACAAUCGGCAGAGGGACAAAGCCAUGUUUACAGGAUAUCUUGGAGAAUAUCUGUAUCGUAAAAUGAUAAGAGAUUCUUCAGAUAAAUUCUUGAGAUUCGUAAAUGACAUUGCCACUCUAUAUGAACCGGCAACAACUGAUUAGAAUUCAGCAACAGGAGUGCGUUUCGCCUCCGUUCCAAUUCUUCAUCGCUAAGCUCUUCUGACUUGGACUUGUGCGGCUCUGGUCCUGCCGAAACAGCCACUUUGCCCCCCUCCACCAACUUGGGCUUGUCUGGCCGUGCUUCCUCCGGACUCGAUGACGGCUGUACAGAGAGCAUGUCGUGUUAUUUAUUUAUUUAUCUCUCAAACAUACAUUAUAGUAAUGUAACGUUGCUUUAAUUGUGUAACUUAGUGAGUAAGUUCUAUUUUUUUGAGGAGAAAGCUCAAGUUUUUCUGAGAAUCCAUGUUAUUUAAAAUAUAAGUUGUUUGAUAAAUUAAGUUUUAAUCUGUUCACCGUAGUGUAAUAAAAUAUCUAAUUCGAAUCUUUAAGGAAUAUUAAUUUCUUUCGAUUUAUUUAAUAUUACUCCUAUUGUUUUCUAGUGGUAGUAAACUCACAAUACAUGAUUAUAAAAUGUUUCCAUUCGUAUUAACUAAAACUACUAAGUUUUAUACUUUUUCAAAUAUCUCAUAAAUCGUUAUAAUUUAUCUCUAUCACACAAUUUAUGUUACAAGGUUUUAAAAUUUCUAUAAAUUGUUUGAAGUACUACUGAAGCUAGCUAAGGGAGAACAGUUGAUACCUUAAGUUGCAUUAUAACUUUCAAUUGUAUUACAAUCGACAAAUAAAGAAUCAUGUUACUUUUUGAAAA